UUUAUACUCUCCGAUCAGCUCUAGCUUAGUUCAUGAGACACUCGGGAACAUUUUCCUGUUCUCGAGCCCCCCUCGUUGGGGCAUUCCAACGUCACUGCUGCAUAACCAGAAGCGCUGCAGCUGCAGCUGUCAGGAUCUUAAUCCCUUCUGCUUGAAUUUCCUGCCAGGGUGUACAGUAGUCAGCUGUGUGCUUUGGUGCUCCCAUUUCCGACACUACCAGAGGCCUCAGCAGCAAAACAAAAGUGGAUGAAAUAACUUUUAACCUUCUAGAACUCAGCUACCCUAUUCGUUCUCAAGAAAUGGUCAAAAAGAAUCAAAAUAUAGCCGCUUAGUAGUUCACCACCUGAUGGAUCCAGAAGGUCAAGAAGAGACCAGAGACGAGUGUGAUGACAAGCAGGUGGUUACAGAGAUCAUGUCAAGAUGUUUUAUUCCAACUCUGAUAACAAAUACUCCCUGGGAAGGCUUCCAUUUUGUUGGACAUGAGAUUAGGAUUGCUGAAGCCACAGAUUGCUAUGGUGCUGUUGUUUGGCCCUCGGCCCUUGUUCUGUGCCAUUUCCUGGAAACAAAUGCAAAGCAAUAUAAUAUGGUGGACAAAAAUGUGAUUGAAAUUGGAGCUGGGACUGGGCUGCUUUCCAUUGUGGCAAGUUUACUCGGAGCUUAUGUGACUGCUACAGAUUUGCCUGAAUUACUUGGAAACCUGCAGUAUAACAUUUCCCGAAACACUAAAAUGAAGUGCAAGCAUAUGCCUCAGGUUAAAGAACUCUCCUGGGGCGUCGCUUUGGAGAAGAACUUUCCCAGGUCUUCCAAUAAUUUCGACUAUGUCCUGGCAGCAGAUGUUGUCUAUGCUCAUCCUUUCCUGGAAGAACUCCUUGCUACCUUUGACCACCUGUGCAGAGAAACUACCAUCAUCCUCUGGGCUAUGAAAUUCAGGUUGGAGAAAGAAAACAAAUUUGUAGAUAGAUUUAAGGAGCUGUUUGACCUGGAAGAACUCUCCAGUUUCCCAAGCCUGGAUAUUAAAUUGUAUAAAGCUAUGAAGAAAAAUCGAAGGAGUGCCUAACAUCUUCAGACCGGCAACUUGGAAAUGCUAAGGCAAUUUCUAGAAUAUCAGCUUAAGGAAACCUGGAUAAUCUGAUGGACCACUGACUUUCCCAGGAGGAAACACACACACACACACACACACACACACACACACACACACACACCUCAUGCAUGCAUGCACACACGUUUACUAUGAGAAUAGAAGGUAGUUUCCCACAUUUGCCUUACUCUAGGCAUCGAUAUUUCCACACACAACAAGGGCAUCUGCAGAAUACAGGGGUAACGCUGUCGAUCUCCAUCAGCAUUCGAGGUCUCCCAAGCACACAGUAGUAGGAACUUCCGGCAAGGUUGCACUGUGGGGUCAUUGUCUGCUCUCUCCAUCCUCUUAUAGAACCAUUUACUACUGUUAUUAUUAUUGAAAAAUGGUGCAAUUAUUCCUUUAAUGUAUAAUUGCAAAAUAAUGGUUUUAAUAAUGACAUCUCCAAAAUGAACACUGUUUAUUCCCUUCAAUACAGGAUUGCAUAUUUAUCUCUUUAGAAAUAAAGAAAUGGACUAUCAUAGGAUCUCCAGAUCAAUCUGUAAAGGCAAAUGCAGAGCAGUGGCAGAUGUUGUGCUUUCGUGGUUUCCAGUAGCGCCACCUUGUAGGUGGCCCAUCACCUCUGCUGGGCGGGCUGGGGCUCCAGUUCGGCCUUUGGAGUCAGUCAGGCACGUGCAGUUGAGGUUGUGGACAAGGACGUUUCACUCCAAUAGAUAAAUGGAUGUGAGCAACGUAGGAAUAGUUGAGGUGUCAGAGGAGUUAUUGUUUUAUUUUAAAAUCAAGUGAAUUCAUUUCAUAGAAAUGGAAAAAAAAUACAGAAACUUUGAGUUGAAAGUACAUGAAAAGAUUUAGGCCUCUAAUCUCAAAAAUCAGGCAUAUGGCUGGUUUUAAAGUUUAAAGCUCUUCUGAUAACAUAUAUAGACCCAGGUAUUUGAAAUUCUAUGUGAUUUUUUUUUUUAACACGAGCCUCAGAGAUUAGAAUAAAGUCUGAAAUAAUUGACAUCAAUGCAAAAAGAGCAAACAUCUGGGACUUUGCAUGUGACUGCCCAGGCUGCUCUAUUCGGCAUCUCCUGGGCUGGGUCUUCGGCUGGGCUCACUGUGACCUGCGGGUGACAAUUGCUUCUGAGGACUGGUCCCCUCUAUAGGACCACUGGCUGAGCUGAGCCUAGCAGAGAAGCUGAUUUCCUGGGCUCCAGGCUCCAGCCUAAGGCAUGCUGCAGAUCCCCUCAGCAGAGCUCUCGGCGUAUGGGCUUUCUUAGGACCCUUCCUCAGCAACGCUCAAGCUUUCAUGGCUCUUUGUCUCAGCCUGUUACCUGUGCAGCGCCAUUCAAUCCUCACAACCUUUCUGCAAAGAGGUGAUGCCAUCACCCCUGCUUCAGAGCUAGAGGAAGAAGGCUGAGUAGCCCAAGCACCGCUGUCAAGCCCAGGCCUGUGAGGUUAAGCCUGCAUCCUGCCUGCUCUGCCGUAUGUAUCUAAAACACUUUUCAAACUCCUUUCUAGAGAAUGACUGUGGUUUCUUCAAAAGGAAACACACCCCCAGAAACAUGCAAAUGUACAAAGAAACACAUUCUCAAAACUGC